CUCCCGGAUGUUUUUUCGCUUCCUGCUUCUUUUUUUUAUUUUUUCUGUGUGUGUGUGUGUUUGUUUUGAUCUUGUUUUCCUCCCGGCUCACCGAGUAGUCGAAGUAUCUCUCUCCUCCGCGUCUUUCCUCCUACUUGCUCUUUUGUUUUCUCGCGUAUAUCAUGCGGCUGUUUUCCGUGCGUCGCCCCACAAAACCAGCUUUUCUCGGGCUCGUCUUCUCUCGCGGCGCGCUGCUGGUUGCUCGGUUCUUUCUUUCGGUGAAUAUGGAUUAAAAACCGAAUAAAUGCACCUGCAGUCAGAGGGAUAGCCCGCUUGAACCCGAAGAGCCCGGCCUGUGGCGAUGAAGAACCCAGGAGCCGUGGGGGGCCGCCGGCUGGUGGGCCUGCUGGAGGCCGCCCUGGUCCGGGAGGCUCGCCUCUGGAAGGUCCCGGUCUUCAAGGACGGACGCAUCCAGGGUGCCGACAUCUCCUCGUCCCAACACCGGGAAGUCAUCCUCUGGCUCGGGGAGAUGAACCGGCUGUUCCGGUUCUGUCCCGAGACCUUCGCUCUGGGGGUCUGCGUCCUGAACCGCCUGCUGUCCACCGUCAAGGCUCAACCAAAAUACUUGAAAUGCAUCGCUUUUACCUCCUUGGUCCUGGCUGCCAAAAUCAAUGAGGAAGAUGAGGUCGUGGGCUCGCUUCAGGACCUGGUGGUGCAGAGCGGAUGCAGCUUCUCAACAGCCGAGAUUCUUCGCAUGGAGCGGAUCAUCCUGGACAAGCUGGACUGGGACCUGUACAUCGCCACGCCCGUCGACUUCCUCCACAUCUUCCACGCCCUGCUCGUCUCCGGCCACCCUCACCUCGUUCCGUCCAUCGGGCUCGGCUCCGGCGUCGGCUGGGACUCGGCGUCGGCGCCCGCCGGGCCGCGGCAUCAGAAGAGGCCGGCGGGCUUCCAGGCGGCGUUGUGGACCAGGCAGGUGCAGCACUGUAUGGCCUGCCACCAGCUCUGGCAGUUCAGGGGCUCCACGUUGGCCUUGGCCAUCAUCACCUUGGAGCUGGAGGCGCUGACGCCCGACUGGUUCUCCGUCUUCACCGACCUGCUGAAGAAAGCUCAGGUCGACAGCGGCGAGUUCAUCCACUGCAAAGAGACGGUGGACGAGUUCCUCCAGAGCCUCGAGUUCUGCCUGCCGCCCAACGCCGUCUACAUCUUCGACAGCGCCCGCGUCCCCGAGGAGGGGGCGGAGCCGGCCGGGAGGGGGCGGAGCCGAGCCCAGCAGGGGGGGGCGUCGGACGAGUGUUACGACGGUUUGAGGCGUCUGUACGACGAGGAGAGCGACGCCGCCGCGUCGCCGUGCCCGCCGCUGCACCCCGCCGACGACUAGCGGGACGCCCGACUCACCGGAGAGCGUCCGGGACUCGACUGGAAGCUUCGCCGAGAAAUCCACAAGGUUGUUUUUUUUCUGCUCUAAACAUUUCCGACUGAUUUUAAAAGAUUUUGUUUUCAUGUGUCCACACACACACACACACACACACACGUGAAUCUGAAGGUGUGUGUGUGGUCAAGCAGCUGGGCAGUUGAAGAAUUCUUUAGUACUUAUUAUUAAUGCCAUAUUUGUCCUUUUAUUAGCCUCCGCUUGUUUAACGAGUUGGAGUUUAUUGUUUGUAUAAAUAUAUUUUUUUAAGGCUCUUUUGUUGGUUUGAUGCCACAUAGCACUUAUUUUUUCACAAGCUUUUAUUAGUAUUUUAAUCUCUUCCUGUACUUUUUUUAUUCAGCACUUAUUUACAAAAGCUCCGUUCUUACAACAAAAAGCUGUAACUUCCCGACUAAUGCUGCACACGUUACUAACCCUUCAGUCUGCUGAUUGUUUCUGAGACUACUGUUACAUAAAGAGCCGGAGCACCUUUGGGAGACGACCUGAGGCGCGACCCUCGUUUAUUUAUUACACGAUAAUCACUCCAGAUGUGGACAGUUGUUACUGUAGUUUCAUACUGAUGUGGAAACUGAAACGACGACAUCGUCGUGUGUGUUUAAUGCUGGUGCCUGACGUGCAGAGAGUCAGAGGUCAGAGGUCAAACAUGUGAAGACUGAAUACUGUAGGGAACCAUCAAUGUGAGUUAGAAGCUGCACCUGAGGCGAUGUGAAGGUGUUUGUCGUCUUAUUGUCAACCGCAAAUAAAGAUCUGGCUUCUGAAGAGUC